CUUUGAUGUGUACGUAUGUGUUAUAGAUGGAGGGCGGCAUUUUAAAUUUGUUUUGCUGAAUAGGGAAACGUCAUGGAAAACGAAGUUACUAUUGUUGUGAAAUGGAGUGGGAAGGAGUACAGUAUCAAUAAUCUUUCGGAGAGUGACACUGUUCAGACUUUAAAGAAUGCAAUACAAAAGGAAACGGGAGUUCGCCCCGAAAGGCAGAAACUCCUUAAUUUGAAAUUAAAAGGAAAAAUUCCUGGCGAUGAUUGCCAAAUAGGGACACUGAAGCUGAAACCAGGUUUUAAAGUAAUGAUGAUGGGUUCGCUUGAAGAAGAUAUUGCCGAUGCUAGUGUUCCUCCUGAAGACAUACCAGAAGUCAUUAACGAUCUUGACAUUGAAGAGGAAGAAGUAGCCAUUGAGAAUAAAGAGGUGUACCUAGCCAAAAUUGACAGACGUAUCCGUGAAUACAAAGUUAAUAUUCUCAACUCACCAAGGGCUGGGAAAAAGCUACUUGUCCUAGAUAUUGACUACACUUUGUUUGAUCACCGGUCAACUGCAGAAACUGGAUAUGAAUUGAUGAGGCCAUUUUUGCAUGAAUUCCUAACAUCAGCGUAUCAAGACUAUGAUAUUGUUAUAUGGUCAGCAACAAGUAUGAAGUGGAUAGAAGAAAAAAUGAAGCUUCUUGGUGUGUCAACUCACCCUGAUUACAAAAUUGCUUUCUAUUUAGAUAGUUUAGCAAUGAUAUCAGUACACACUCCAAAAUACGGAGUUGUGCAGGUGAAACCACUUGGUGUUAUUUGGGGAAAGUUUGAUCAGUACUCUUCUAAAAAUACUAUAAUGUUUGAUGAUAUACGACGAAAUUUUUUAAUGAAUCCUCAUAAUGGAUUAAAAAUACGGCCGUUCAAGCAAGCUCAUUUGAAUAGAGAUAAGGAUCGAGAACUCCUCCGGCUUGCAAAAUACCUGCAAGACAUAGCACACGAGGAAGAUUUAUCAAGUUUGGAACAUAAACACUGGGAAAAAUAUAAACGUAGGAAACACAAAGGGGUAACAGCUAAAAAAGAUGAAUCCUUGGGAAGUGGAGACAGUGCUGAUACCAGCUAGCAGUGUCUGUUAGUGGUGUAGAUUUUGAGAGGCACAAUUCAACAAUGACCAUUGGAAUAUUGUGCGAAGAAAAGUAGAACUGGACAACAAUUCUUAGUAACUGCAUAGAUUUUAAGUUGUUUCUGUGAUGGAAUAUUGUAAUUUUAGUGCAAAUACCAGAUGUAUAUGAAAACAGAGUACACUCAGUCACUGGUUUUUCAUACAUGCUGUCAGUUUUGUGGAAGAAAAAACCCUAGCCAUACUUGCACUUUAAUUUAUUUUCUGAGGCAGUUUUCAGUGUGUGUUAUUAUGAUGAUCAGUUUAUUUAAGCUGGAUGUAGACUGUCACAAUUUGAACCUUGGCAAGAAAUGAAUUGUAAAAUUGCUUCUGCCUUUUUAACUUCCCGACAAACCAUUUGUGCCUAAGUAAUCUUGAAUGGUGUUUGUAAGUGAACUUUAAUUUCUUUUUGUGCUUGUUUCUUUGAAUUGGAAUUUGUGUAUCUCAUUCUGUGCAAAUAUAAUUAAAAAAAAAAAAAAACCAUGUGUUAGGGCAGGACACUUUAAGACACUGAAUGGAUAAUGUGCAAAUAUUAGCUUUGGAUGAUAGAGAUAAAUUUGUUAUGAAUAGUUUAAAUAAACAUCAAAGGAAGUGGAA